AUGGCUGAAGACUCCCAAGCUCACAUGGACCCUGAUGUCGAUGGCCCCGAUGAGGGUUCCGAUGGGCCCCAGAAUACCUCUAAUUUGACUAUUCGACGAGCAUGUGAUGCAUGCAGGACUCGCAAGAUCCGUUGCGAUAGAAACUCGCCUUGCUCCCAUUGUGUACACGCAAAGAUACCCUGCACACAUCACGAAACUCGCCCAAAGGAGAAGAGAACUCGAAUCCUCCUCUCAGCCCAAUAUGAGAAAAAGAUUGAUAUCAUUGAUCGCCGUCUCGAGACACUCACGGCGCUCAUGCGAGACAUGAAGACAAACAUGUCAUCUACAAACUCUCUUCAAUCUAGCCAGAAUACCACCCCAAAUUCUGAUCCUACACGUCAAUCGCCGGCCCAAAGUUCAACUUCAACGCAUUAUGGGCAUCUUGCUCAAGUUACUGCUGAUAGCCCCGUCGUCGAGGGGGAGUCUUCUUUGGCUGCACAUGGUGAAUUCGCAAAUGAGUUUCUCAAGAAUGCUGUCGGUACCGAGUCUCUGCAAGGUGCCAGCCUCGAGUUACGUGAGACUCUAGAUUCACUUCAUCAUAUCGUCACUUCAUUAAAACAGCAAACUGCUGCUACGGAGAUGUCCUAUCCGUAUGCCAGAACAAUACCACGCCCCACCCUCAAAAGCAAUAACCUCCCACCGAUUCAAACAGCCGUUGCCCUUAUACGGGAAUGUGAAAAUUCUGACUUCAUCCUCGUGAAUGUCGGCCUGAUGUACAUGUUCCAGGAUCGCCAGCAACGAGUAACUGAUAAGAAGGAACACGACGAGAACGAGGAGUAUACCAAAGCACUCCAGCAAAACGCAGAGACAGCGCUAGCUAAUCUACCUUUCCAUCUACCCGCUACUUCCAAUAUGAUUUCUGCUCUACUACUUGGAGCUUUCUAUGCCAUUGAAAUAUCGAAGCCAUCACUGUCGUGGACUUUAUCAUGUAAAGCAUCAGAGCUAUGUCAAACUCUAGGAUACCACCGCAUAUCGACCAUGAAGAACGACAAGCCUCGCGAGGCGCAGCGCAAGCAAUUCCUCUUCUGGAAUACAUAUUUCAUCGACAAGAGUCUCUCUCUCCGCCUUGGAAGAGCCUCUACUAUUCAAGACUGGGACGUCACUGUGCCUAUGCUCUCCGAGAACCCUACCAAUGCUACACCCUUAUCACCCUUCAUCUCACUCUGGAUAGCCACAGCUAGGUGUCAAGGACAAAUAUAUGAGCUGCUGUACAGUCCUGGUUCAAUGGAAGAAUCAGACGAGGUGAGGAGGCUUCGCUCCCAGAAACUGGUGUUUGAUUUGCAAGACAUUGGUCGAAGGAGCAGGGAACUGGCUAAAACUCGCGAGAGAGAAGUCAAAACGAAGCUUGGAGAGUAUUUUAUAGAGUUCAUCAUCAUAUCUGACGACGUGCUCCGACUCUCGCUUCUCACUCUUAUUUACCGAGCAACUCCUGCUCCUCCAGGGUCUCGAGUAACAUUCAUCCCAGAGUGUAUCGAGGCUGCACGUGCGACACUACAGCGUCACCAGGACUGCAUGGACCUCUUGGGACGCGAUAAUGCAUUGUACUUCCCGUCCUAUGUUCACUGGACUCUCCUCUUCGCUCCCUUCAUCCCAUUCAUUGUAGUUUUCUGCCAAGCCAUCGAAACUCGAGACCAAAAUGAUCUAGCCCGUCUACACAAUUUUUGCACAUCGGUUGAGACAACCAUAACACUGUCGGAUGCGGCAGCCAAAAUGCAUCGGCUAUUCCAAGUUCUCUACACUGUAGCGCUUCGUUACAUUGAAUUCCGGACAACUACGCCCACUGCAGACCAGACGCAGGCAAGCGCUGAACUCAACACAUAUCUAGCAGCACUUGGUUUCCCGCCAGCUGGACUCAAUAAUGGAGAGCAGCAGCCCUCGUCAAUGGAUGCUGCACAGGUUGGUACUUUUUCGCAGACGCUGGGAGAUAUGGGAAUGCUUGAUGGUGCUGAGGGCCAGAGAGGUGCGAAUACCAUGAUGUGGAUGGGAAAUACGGCGCAGUUGGGUGAGUGGUUUAACAGUAAUCAACAAAUGAUGGAGUUGCUCGAGGAGCCCAGCUUCACAUUUCCUCAAUAAAGGAUAUCCCGAAG